AUGGACCAUCAUACCUUCACAUCCCUCUUCUCCCACCUCCUUGCACCCGUCUCACACACGCAAUGCACAAGCUCAGCGCCCUGCUCAUCCCCCACAUACCACGAGGAGCACAAAGAAAAAGAACCACACAUAAUCCGGCUCGCGGAAGAAGAAGAACUGGCGCGCUUGCAACAUGGCGAGCAGCAAGAUGGUACGCCGUUGUGUCGUGAGGGGGGGAUCGCGGCGUGGCAUCAACAACAACCGCAGCAGCAGCAGCAGCAGCAGGGUGAGCGCAGGGAUUCGAUGGAGGUGCAGAAGAAGAGAAGGCCAAGUUUGGAGUGGUUGGCUGGGGUUAUUAGGGAGAGGAGGGUGCAUGUUUAG